CCCGCCCCGUGGCGCGUUCUUCCCUCCUGCUCCUGGUCUGGACUGCCGACAUGGGCACCACCUGGAGGAGCCCGGGACGCAGGCGCCUGGCCCUCUGCCUCGCUGGUUUAGCGCUCUCGCUGUACGCGCUGCACGUGAAGGCGGCGCGCGCCCGCGACGAGGAUUACCGCGCGCUCUGCGACGUGGGCACGGCCAUCAGCUGUUCACGCGUCUUCACUUCUCGGUGGGGCAAGGGCUUUGGGCUGGUGGAACAUAUGCUAGGAACUGACAGCAUCCUCAACCAAUCCAACAGCAUAUUUGGUUGCAUGUUCUACACCAUACAGCUGUUGUUAGGUUGCUUGAGGGGACGUUGGGCUUCUCUCCUACUGGUACUGAGUUCCCUGGUGGCCUUCGCUGGUUCUGUCUACUUGGCCUGGAUCCUGUUCUUUGUGCUCUAUGAUUUCUGCAUUGUUUGCAUCACCACCUACGCCAUCAAUGUGGGCUUGAUGUUGCUUAGCUUCCAGGAGGCGCCAGAACACAAGGCCAAAAGGCACUGAGGUCCCUCCACUCCACAUGCUAGGCUAAUGUAACCUGCUUUGCCUUAGCACAUGAGCCUUGCCCAAGAGGGUCGUGUGUCAGUCCCUAGAAGGCCCUAUUCCUUUCAUUCCAAUCCCCCUCCGCAACCACACACAGAACAAUGACCAGAUGCCCCUACAAGUUCUGUUCCCAAGGGCUGCUUUCUGCUCUUGGCUAAAGAGAAUGGUUUUGAAUAAUAAAUUUUUCUAAGUUGA